AUGGACGCCAUCUCAGUGCUCGACACCGCUGCGCGCAUCCUCGCCAUCACGGAAUCUAUCACGGAGCUAUCAUCAUCUUUUAGCAUCUCCAAGGCACAGCCACCGUUAUCGCUGGAUCGUAAAGAUGAGCGCACCAUUUUGGAAACCCUCGAGCGGUUGCGAACCACGCUAUUCGACAUUCGAAUCCCUUAUGUACCACAGCAGCCAUCUACGAGCUCUGUCACACCGUCGAGAGACGCUCUAGCUCUGCGAGAGCUUCUCUAUUCUCAGCAAGCUUCCGCAAGGCUGCUGGAGAAAAUUAUGAGUACACUAAGGAAGUCGCCUGGCGAGCUAUGGACAUCUUACGCUGAAGAACUUCAGCGAAUUAUCCGGGUCGUGACCCUUCAGGUCACCUCUACUCUUGGAUCUCGAAUCUCCGAACUAAGUCGAGUCGUCGAAUCGUCCGAGAGCGAGAAGCAAUACACUAGACCAGAGUUUGAGUCUCGCAUUGAUUCCGUUGCCCGUGACUUGGAGGAUCUAAGACUCCAUAUGCAAAAGCUGUUGGCGAACCCUAACGCAAGCACCUCGGCCGCCCUCACAGAGACCGAUGUCAGAGAGCUCACAACCCGACUGGCUAGCCUGACCGAUUCCGAGAAUACCUUGCUCACUGACAAGAUUGUGUCAAGCUUGAAUUACGACAGCCGACCCGUCCGGCUAGAGUCUGUCCCACAAGCACACAAGGACACCUUCCAGUGGGCCUUUGACUCACAGCUCUCUGAGUGGUUUCACUCUGGGAGCGGCACUUUCUGGAUCUCCGGCAAGCCGGGGUCCGGGAAAUCCACCUUCAUGAAGUUCAUCUCCAAGCACCCCCGGACGAAAGAGCUGCUGGCGGCCUGGGCAGGCUCGUCCGAUAACCUGGCUGUCGCGGCGCACUUCUUCUGGAUUGCGGGUACAUCCAUCCAGAAAUCUUGGCAGGGACUCCUCCAAUCUCUACUAUUCGACCUUCUCCGGGGACGUCCGUACUUGGCCUCCCUCAUCAGCCCAAACCGCUGGGCAGCCGCCAAGGCCGGGCAAUGGCACACGGCCGCAGAGCCAUGGUCCGUCCCAGAGCUCGCCACCGCGCUGCGAGCCCUGGCGACGGCUGACCACGUGCCGCUGAAGAUAUGCUUUUUUAUCGACGGGCUCGACGAAUAUGAUAGCAAUCACGCUGAGCUUUGCGAGGUCCUUCGUGACAUGGCCAGUUCUCCUCAUAUCAAGAUGUGCCUGUCCAGCCGUCGGUGGCCUGUGUUUGAGAGAAGCUUCGGUGGCACUGGCCAGGAGAGCCUGGAUAUUCACGAGCUAACGCGGGGCGAUAUCCGAAGGUUUACUGCCGAGGUGUCGGAGGAGGUCAGUUUGGAGAAGGUCGAGCUCGUGGAUCGGAUCGUGUCCCAGGCCGACGGCGUCUUUCUCUGGGCCUUCUUCGUGACGCGGUCAUUGCGUGAGGGCCUGUCCAACGGCGAGUCGAUCAAAAGCCUUAAUAGGCGUUUCGGGCAACUACCGUCAGAUCUGGACCAGCUAUUCCGGCACAUGCUGGAAAACGUGAACGCGGCUGACCGCCCCAAGAUGGCGGGUUUCCUACAGGCCGCCAUCCACGCGCUGGAGCCUCUCCACGUCGAUCUGUACUGGCAACUGGAGAAGGAGUUCGAGGGUCAUUGUCCCGCAUCUCGUGCUGCAGCAGAGCCAGAACCACCCGAGGGAAUCGCGGCACGCAGAGAGCGGGUCGUUCGCAGCGUCAACGAAAAGACAAAGGGCCUGCUCAGGCUCGUGCACAACCGGGUCGAGUUUCUGCACAGAACCGUCAAGGACUUUGUUUUGACCAAAGACAUAGGCGAGUACCUCCGAAGUAAGCUCCCAUCAGACUACAAUGCCUUUGUCUCUAUCGCCGCCGCCUAUCUCGGCUUCCUCAAAAACACGCGCCUGGACGAAUCGCUCGUCGCGGGCAUCAUGAGGCAAGGACAGGGGCUGAACACUGGGCAGUUCAUCGCCCAUCUAAACCAGGCUCUAGUGUACGCCUCAGAAGCGCUGAAGCAUUCAGGCCAGCCCGGCUCUCCAGUGCCGGCAGAGAAGCUACUGGACGAGUACGAGGCCACCGUCGUAGAGAUGGUGAGCCGAGGCCACAUUACCGUUCAAGGGGUUAAUUCCCAAGGUUGCAACGCGAUACAGCUCUUCCGCGAGGAGCUGCUCAGGCACAACGUGACGUCCUAUCUCGCCAGGAAGACCCGAGAGGAGCCAGACUACUUCGACGUGUUCGACGAGUCACCACUGUUUGCCGCACUGAUGCCAAUGUCCCGCAGCAGCGGUGAGAGCCCCGCGCCUGUGCCGGGGGUUCUCGAUCUUCUCCUCCGGCGUGGCGAGGAUCCAAACGUGCUGCCGCGACAACGGGGCGCAACAUCCGACGCGGCAUCGCCAUGGGUACUCUUCGCGCGGAGCACCAUGUCUGUCUUUAACAUGUUGUCAGGGCCCUGCAUGUUCCCUGCCCGUCGGUGGAACGAUGCCCUGAGGGACGGCACCUUUGGCUGCCUGAUGUCUUACGGUGCCGACCCUAAUAUACCUCUCUUGAGCCGCCGGGGUGCGCGCACCGUCUUUUCACACUUUCUAGACAUUUCGCUGUCCAAGUUCCUCGGCGAGGAGUGCUUCAAGGACUACCUUGGGACGCUAGACGCCUUUCUACGGGCGGGCGCGAGCCUUGGUGUUCCCACUGACCUCGCAGGCCCAGAUGCUGAGGUAGCGCAUGGGAACCUCGCAAGGCGGCCAGGAGGCUCAGUGCUGGCAUCAUUUUGUGCCGAGCUGAAAGGUCUUUUGGCAAGACUAGCAGCAGAUCCACAGAGGGCCUCGUUUGUCUCGUCUGUCCUAGAGAGGCUUAUCCUGCAUUGCUCCAACAGGAAAGAAGACCUGAGAGAGCUGGAGGCGGCGAUAUCACAGGGCUGUCCGGCCACUGUUGCCGCGCCCCUGUCGCGAUUGAUCACUUCUGAGAUGGAGGACUGCCAGCGGCGGCGAUCAACGAGGAAGAGGCUCCAGAGCGACGCUUCUGGUGGCAGGCUAUCUGGUAAAUACCCUCGGCGGAGGUCAGGGUAG